UCACCAACAAAAUACAUUUCUAUAUUAUUAUCAUCUUAAUAAUAUUCCUUCAACAGUGAUUAAUUAAUAACUCUUAAUAACGAUUAAAUAAUGGAGAUGUAAUUAAUCUUAAAAGAUAAACAUGGGAUAGUGUGUUACAAGUUGUUGAAAAUAUUGUUUGCUUUUUGUACAAAUGCGGCAAAUUGAACAGGUUUUUUCGAUUUUGGAGUAAUACAAUAUCGAGUUCGGCGGAUGUUACUGAAUAAUAAACAAUUAAGAAAAAUAUUGACAUUUAUUUAACUGGCGAUUAAUAGUAUAUGAUGGGUUAGUUAGAGGGUUAUUGUUUAUGGAGUUAUGAAGCUGACUAAAGUGAUAACACCAGGCUGACACUGCUGGGGAAUUAUCUUCAGCCCAUACACAUUUUAAAACAGUAAACGUUAUGUGGUUCAUUACUUAUAUUACAGCAUUUCUUAUUGUUCAUGUAUCCUGCGGAAAAGACAUUUACAAAGUUGGAAUUAUUCAUGACCAAUGUUCAACAUGGGUAGAAUUUGACAUAUCCUAUCAUUACAAGUAUCCGAAUGAUAACUCAGAGAUAAAAUAUGAAUGUUUAGAAACCCCAGAAGGCGAUAUGUACUUCGAAAAACUCACAAGUGCUUUUAAUAAGAUAAAUCACACUGGAAUAUCAGCAUUGAUUGGACCAUUUAACGAAGCCUUUGCACAUGGUUGUGAGAGUGUCAGAAUACCAUUCCUUGUUACAUCAAUGGUUCCUUAUCAUUGGACUGAAUCGUCCUUUCUUAUACGUAUAGUUCCAGGAAUAGAUGUGUACGGAUUAGCUAUUAACGAUAUGUUAAAUUACUUGAAAUGGAAAAAACUUGGACUUGUUUAUGAUCAUCCACAAGUGCCACAUAUAUUUUCUGGAUUAGUGGAUAAAGAAACUGCUGACAUUAAGACAUAUAAUGUACUAAAUAAUUCCUCUAGUAAUAAUGUGAAAAGGAUUUUAAAAGAGCUACGUGAUAAAUAUUUCGGAAAUUUUAUAUUAAUGUGUUCAUCUAAGAAUGCUGCUAUUGUUCUUACUCAGGCUUUAUACCUGAAUAUGUUAUCCCGUCCAAAUGCCUGGUUAGUGGUUAAUUUGGAUGCGGAUAGAGUGGCCUUAGAGCAGUAUGAAGACUCCCGUGCCAAUCUUACAUCAUUGCUCAUUGUUAUGGAGAGAAAUUCUCAAUCAUGUGCCUUACAAUCCAACAAUCUUACUAACGCUGUUUUCUACGAUGCAAUGAACGUACUCAAUAAGUUGAUAGACCUCAAUAAAAACUCAUCUCGAGUACAAAUGAGAAAAAAUUUACGAAAGAUCAAAAUAGACGGAUGCACUGGACUUUUAGAAUAUACCAAGGUUGGUCUAAGAAGAGAGACUUUCUUCCAAAUGAACACACUUUCAACAGUACAAAAUGGAACGAUUCUAAAGUUUAUUGGGAAGCAAAGUGCUCUAUUUCAGUCAGGAACGUGGCGUAGCGGGAAAAUUUCUAUGAAAGAGAGACUAUUACCGUCCAAGUCAUAUCAGACGAUGAUGAAAAUGAGUAAUGACGUCUAUGGAGGGAAAACAAUGAUAGUCACUACAAAAAUUGAACCGCCAUUUGUUCAAUGGAAAAACAAAACAGAAGAUAAGAAUUUUACUGGUAAUUUCAAUGACCAGUUGGAAGGAUUUAUCGUUAGCAUACUGGAUGAAAUUUCAAAGUUAUUAAAUUUCAAAUACAAUAUUUCAUUAGUUCCAGACGGAAAAUUCGGCAGCAAAAAAUCAUAUGGAUGGACCGGAAUGGUCAAUGAAUUAAUUCAAAAGAGAGCAGAUAUAGCUUUAGCACCAUUCCAGAUAACACCUGGAAGAUCAGAGGUGGUGGAUUUUUCUAAACCAUUUAUGACUAAAGGAACUAGUGUGGUUGUAAGAAAACCUGAACGCAGUGUAUCGCCAUUUCAAUUUUUACUACCUUUAUCAAAAAAUGUGUGGAUAUGUAUAUUUUUUUCAUUUAUUCUUGCUGCGUUAACAUUGCUUUCUACUAGUCGUAUGAAUUGUGAUAGACAAGAAAAGCGAAUGGAUAAUGCAUUGGAAAGUUUUUGGUAUAUUUGGGGAACAUUACUUAGAGGAAACCUUCAAGUGUCACCCAGAGGCAUUUCAAGUCGGAUAAUAAGUUGUGUGUGGUGGUUCUUCUCCCUUAUUGUGAUAUCGAUAUAUACAGCAAAUUUAGCCGCUUUUUUGACAAUUUCUAAUGCACAUAUUCCUAUUGAAUCAGCUUCUGAUUUAGCUGAUCAGAAUAUAUAUAAAUAUGGUACUGUUGAAGGGAGUCAAAUUGAAGACUUCUUCAAGCUGACUACUAUUCCUUAUUAUGAAAAAAUGUGGGCUGAAAUGAGUAUGUCAGGUAUAGUUCGUAGAGUUGAUGAUGGAUUUGAACGUGCCAUGAAGCACAAAUAUGCAUUUCUGUGGGAUUCGCCUACUGUGAGACAUAGAACUGCUCAAAAUUGUAGUUUGAUGGAGAUUGGAAACCCGUUUGACCUUAAAGGGUAUGGAAUAGCACUUCGGAAAAAUUCGCCUUUCACGGAGAGUAUUUCAUUGGCACUUCUUAAGUUAGACGAAAGAGGGGUUUUAUAUCGAUUAGAGGGCAAGUGGUGGAGAAGGCCAAACUGUCCAGAUCCCCGACAGAGUGCCAAAAGUAGAGAGAUAGAAAUCCAAGUUGCUUCAGGGAUGUUUAUUGUAUUGCUUGCUGGUAUAGGACUGGCUGGCUUGAUUUUUGUUUGCGAAAUCUUAUAUUUUAAAUAUUUUGCAAAAAGAAGGAAAAAGAGUGUUGAAGAACGGGAGGAAAAUAAUGUAGCUAGCACACAAAAUCAUGUGGCAUCUGCUGCUGAUGUCAAAGAGGAAGAAAUACGCUGUAAAUUAGCAAGAACAUUGAGUAUUGGAGAAAAUUCUAUUCAUAGUAAAUGGGAAAGCUACGAUCAAUUAUAGCAUUAAUUAAUAUUAUCAUAUAUGCAUCAUUACACACAACCAUCAAUAUCUGCAUCCAAUCAUAUGUGUAUUGUCAUUUAGCCAAAAGUAUCUUUUUUAGCCAAAAUAUAUAAAUAAAGUUUUUUUUAAAUUAUACAGGGAAAACAUUAAUCAAAUCGACAAUAAAUUUUUUAAAAGAUAUCCAUAAAAAAGAUAACUAAAUAAUUAAUAAAUAGAAGGUAUGAAUACAAAAAGAAUUGAUAUAAUUUUAAACACAAUGAUAACAUGUAAAUAAUUAAGCAACUGAAAAGGAAUGUUGAAAAAAGGAUAAACUGAAUAAAUCAAAUCAAAUGCAAAAAAUAAUGUCUUUAUGACCUUUUGAUAUUUGUGCUUCCCUUUAACACCCAUUGUGAUUUGUUUUAAUAAAUUUUUCAAUAAAAAAGUGAAGGUUGCAAAAAUAUGAAGUGAAACAGAUAAUUGUCUUCCAUAUAUGAAACUAAAGUAUAGAAUAAAAGAUGUACAAAAUAAUGCGUUUUCUACAUUUGGUCUUAGUUGCUUUCAAAUUUUAGUUGUUCUAUUGGUAAAGUUUACUAUAAAUCUUAGGCCGGUAAACUCCAAAAUAUGAAUGGAUAGUCAUAAUACAUUAAUAAUCCAUAAUACUUCUACUGACAAAUAUUUACAAAAAAAAAAUUAACGUCAAGGAGCAAUCAUUGAACAAGCCAGCCAUCCACAAUCUCAUUUUUUUGUCACACAUAAUAUAAGAAUAAAGCCUCUUUAUUCAUGUUUUUAUAGCAAAGUUGAUAAAACAGCGAUGUUUCUAUUCAUUUCAUUAUAACAGACUGUUUUUUAUGACAAUUUAGAUCUUUUUUUCUUAGAAUGCAAUAUUACAACUUUAAGAGCGUAAAAAGUAAUGUCUAUGCUUCAGUGUAUAGUCGUAUUUUUAAGAAUAAAGUACAAUACAAACGUUCAUGUAGUGGGCAGACAUAUUCAUGACGCCUCAUCGGGUCAUGUCGAAGACAAACAAUUAUACCGAACAUCAUAACGUCAUAAAACAACCAAUAUAAGCAUCCAAUGUAAUACAAUGGAAUACAUAACGAGCCAAAAAUAUAACCACGGAUUAUGAUAUACUAAAUAGAAUAUUAUAGUUAGACCUUCAUCUAUUAACCUUACAUAAUAAUUGGUAUAGGUGCACGUACACAUGCAC